CUGGGGUGUUAUUGCUGGGAACCAGUUUGACUUUGUCCACCAGGAGCCACGCAGAGCAAAGAAGGGGGGGUGGAUCUCUUUCUUUCUCGAUUCUUUUCCUUCUUUCUUUUUUUUUCUUUUAAAAACCCAUCGGGAUCGUUUGGUUCAGGAGCAUCAGAGGGAUUAAACACUCCAACGCGCAGCGCCCUGUUUGUGCUCGCCAGACUGGCUCACAUUGUGAGAGGAACGGCUGUGGCAAGAGAAAGAAGAGCUAUAAAUAGCGCAUGCAAUUCUCGAAAACUAUCACAAGUGGUGCAUCAGCUUUAGGAGCACACGGAAUCAGAUAUCCUGCGUUGCAAUCGCCUCUUUUUUUAUUGAGUUGAUCUUUUUUCUCUCUCUCUGUUUCUAUUUAAAGUUUUGACGGGUAGAAAAAUCUACAUAUUUGGGUCGUUUCUGAGGAAAGGAGGAGAAAAGGAGUGGUUUUCUCAUGGAUCGGGUUGAUUUUAAUGAUGAAACGACGCGCGGAAAGACUGAUCUGGAGACAAGCUGAUUUCCCCCUGCGCGUGGAUUGAAAUGGAUGUAUUAUAUGACAGCGAUCGCUUUUGGAAUCGCCUGACCUGGAUUGUAACAAUGUUGUGAUCUCUCCCCCCCUUUUUUCCUCAUCUCUCCCCCCCUCUCUCUCUUUCUGUCCUCGCUCUUUCAACACACGCUUGGAUUUAUACGCGCAGGGCUUUAUGGAUGCAUUGUGCGCUUCGUUUUGAAUACGCCCAUUCUCUCAUACCGACCGACCCGUAUCUAUUACCCGCAGCUCUUCUAAGACUCAUACAAGGGAACCGAUUUGUCAGCCCUGAUCGGUGUUUGGAAACCGAUGUAAGGAUUUCGACAUGCCCUGCGCUGGCGACCCCAAAGGCGGACGAUUAUGACUGCAACGGCGAAUUGGGCGGCUAACGGGGCAAGCCUUGAGGACUGCCACUCCAACAUCUUCUCUCUGGCGGAGUUGACGGGCAUCAAAUGGCGCUGCUACAGCUUCUGCAGCGGCGGGGAAUACGGGCCCGUGAUCUCGGCCCCGGCUCAGGAUGACCCAGUACUGCGCAGCUUCAUGCAAUGUGUGCAAGCCAACCUGCUGUGUGUGUGGCGACGCAAGAUCAAGCCCGAUGCCAGGGAGUUGUGGAUCUUCUGGUGGGGCGAGGAGCCCAACCUCUCUAAAGUCAUUCAUCAUGAGCUGAAAGUGGCUGAGGAGGGGCUUUGGGAAUGCGGACUGUCCUACGAGUGCAGGACCCUCCUGUUUAAAGCCAUACAUAACCUGCUGGAAAGAUGUCUUACGGAUAAGGGGUUCGUUAGGAUCGGGAAAUGGUUCUUUAAGCCACAUGAACUUCAAGAAAAGUCUUUGGGCAGCAGCGAACACCUGUCCUGCUGCUUCUCCUUCUUCCUCCAUGGUGAAAGUAACGUCUGCACGAGCGUUGAGAUCGUCCAGCACCAGCCUGCCUACCACAUCACAGAGCGCCAUAUCCAACUCGCACAGACUUCCUCUACUCCUGUCCAAGUGAUCCUGAGUCCGUAUGGCCUGAGUGGGACCCUAACGGGCCAAGCCUUCAAGAUGAGUGACCCAGCGGCUCGAAAGCUGAUGGAGGAGUGGAGCUACUUUUAUCCCAUGGUUCUUCCACCCAAAGAAGGAAGUGGAGAAAAGGAACAGAAGGAAGCAGGGCAGGCCUACGAUCAAAGCUCUCAUGUAGCCGUAGAUGUCAUCGUAGGCGGAGUAAGGAUGACCUACCCAGCUGCUUUCGUGCUCAUCGCCCAGGGGGACCUACCAGUGGAGCAGCCUCCACCUGUUCCUGCAGCUCAGGGCCUCAACAAGGAGCUGAAUAACUGCAGUGUGCCUCUGACUCCACCGACGUCACCAGAGCACCCCUGCUCUGCAGACAGUGGCUUCGUGACGUCGUCUUCUAACGUCCCCACACCAGAUAGCAGCAUGGGGAUCACCACCUUCAGCCCGAAGCAUUCUGGGAAGAAGCUGACCUGCCAGGUGGUGCACCAGGCCUGGAGGGAGUGCUACCUCAACCACUCCCAGCAUGUACCAAAUCAGCUGACUGACGAGAUGCAGAGAAAGGAAGUGCCAAACAGAGUUACUAUGUGGAACUUUAAUGAUCUUGGAGCAAGAGUACCCUGCAGCUGCUCCAGGUUAAAGCAGCAGAACCUCAGCAUGUCCAACACACCCACUGCAAGCAUCCAACCAUGUCCCAGCUCCUCACUGUCUUCAGGGACGUCACUUUACCCUACCUCCCUGCCCAAACACAAAACAAGCGACAAGACCGAAAAGGCUGACAAGCAGUCCAAGAGGCCAGCUGUGAUUCCCUUCCACCACCGUCUACCUGUCACAGAGGAUACAACGCUGGAACAGGACUCACCUGGAGGGUCCCAGCUUGGUGCCCUCAUUGCACUUGAACCACCAAUGGAGCCCUUGAGCUCCCUCCCAAGUUGCAAAUGUUCCAAGUCGCUUUCCAAUGAAAGAAAAGCCCCUGAAUCCCUCCUUCAUUCAUCCAUGUCUCCACUCCCACCUACUCUCAGCCCGCACCCCCGAAUACAGGACCCAGAGGUGUUAGACGCCUCUGUGGACAUGCUUGCAUGUCCUGAUGGGACCUCAGGGCUGGGAGUGAUUACCAGCGAGACAGCAGCCUAUACCGCUCAACUGAGGCAGAGGGAGAGUGGAUGUGGCUGGUGGAGAGGCUUCAGGACUCCCAGGAGUGAUAAAAGUGACUUCAGGCCUCCUGAACUCCCUACUGAGAAAUUAGAGCAAAUGGAGACAGAAACUGCCACUAUGAGAGAUCCUCUCAAAAGACUUUACGCUCAGAGCAACAAGAGGUUUAAAAUCUCAGAAGAAAGGGUGGUGGAGCACGUCCAAACUUUGGGCCUAUUUGAGCAGCCAGGCGUAGGGACUCUGCGAGAAACGGGGGACGAUCCUUAUGACUUUAAGGAAGGAGAAAUUGAAUAUCCAUUUUUCUCUUCCAAGAGGGCAAAAGGUUCAGGGCGGGAAGCCAAGCAGAAGGCCAAGGGAGAGGAAAUCACCAGCAACGGUUCACUGUCUGAUGGAAAAGAUGCAAUGUCUAUCUUUAACUCUGCUCCAAAAUCAGAUGACUCUGGUCAAGAAAAUGCCCCUGCUAAAACCAACCCUUCCCUGACUGAAGAGAAAGAUCUGGUGGUCAACAUCUCAGAUCUGGAAAACAUACUUGAUGAAGAAGAUGUAGGGACUGUUUAUCCAAACCAACACUCAACCAAGUUACUAGUAUCUGCAGAAGAUCGUCCUGGUGGGAAAGAAGGAAGAGUUAAUGUAUCGUAUCCAUCAACAGUAGCAGAUCUCCAGAGAAUGUUCCCCACUCCGCCAUCUUUGGAGCAACACCCAGCCUUUUCUCCCAUCACGCCAUAUAGAGACACUCCAAGUCAAGAGACCCCUGCGCCCACUGGACUGACGGACCACUUGCCGACUUUGGCCUCCGUCCAUCUAACCGAAUACAUGAGUGAGAUGGAGGAAGGUGCAGCUAGUCCCAGGCAGGACGACUUUAAGCCACAGAUAGGAUCAUCCAUGUUUGCGCCGCUGUCCUGCCUUCCCAGCCAAACGUUACCGCCUCUCAAGAUUCCUGAACAAUGUUACUACCGACCAUCCUGGGCAACCUUGCCCAAAAUGGAGCAUUUUACACCCAUCAUGCAUCCACAGAAUACUACAUGCACCAAGGAUGGAUACACGAACACUCCCAGUGGCAUGACCCUAGCAGAACAAGACUAUGUCCAGAUGAGUGUCAACACUGCCUCCCUAAGCAACACUACUGGCAUCCUUCCUUCUCCCGCCACGCCACGCUUCUCCGUCCCUACCCCACGAACCCCACGUACGCCCAGGGGAAUUAAUGCUGCAAGCUCAGGCCAGGGUUCAGUGAAGCAGGAUGGUACUGAGCUCAGCUCACCAAUCUCUACCCCCUCCACCAGCCUGCCUCUUAGCUCUGUAGAGCAUUUAGCUAGACCGGGCCCCCCUCUCCCUGAGGCCCACAGCCUCUAUGUAGUCCUUCUGCUUUCAGACUCUGUCCUCAGUGUCUUUAAGGAUCGUAACUUUGACAGCUGCUGUAUUUGUGCGUGCAACAUGAAUGUGAAAGGGGCAGAUGUUGGGGUUUACAUCCCAGACUCCACGUGUGAAGAUCAGUACCGCUGCAUGUGUGGUUUCAGUGCCAUUGUGAAUAGACGGCUGGCUCACGGCACAGGGCUCUUCCUGGAGGAUGAGCUUGACAUAUUCGGUCAGAAUUCUGAGGGAGGCAAAGCAGCUGAGAGGAGACUUGCUCUCUGUCGCCGGGACCCAACGCUGGGAGACUCCAGAGCAAAGCAGUCCCAGGAGGCUGGUCCUGGCUCUCCAUCUGUAAUGAUUGUUAUUCAGGAGCAGUGCUCCCAGCCCAUCUCCUCUCUGGCUUCGCUACAUCUUCCAAUGAAUUCUUCCUGUCAUGGACGCAAGGGGGCGCUGCUCCAAAGUUGGAUGGCUGAAAAGCAGUGGGCAGAUGGAAGCGAUGCUUGUGUGGACUGUUUCAAUGCUUUGGAACAGGGGCUGCAGUAUGUAGAUAACCCAACAGGAGGGAAAGUUGAUCUUGCUGUCGUCAGAAGUAGUGCUAUUCAUUCCUGGCCUCACACCAAUGUGGUGGACAUGAGCAGGUUGUCGUCACAGGACAUGGUUCGAAUGCUGCUCUCUCUGCAGCCUUUCCUCCAAGAUGCCAUUCAAAAGAAGAGGACAGGACGGACAUGGGAAAACAUCCAACAUGUUCAGGGUCCACUCACCUGGCAGCAGUUUCACAAGAUGGCUGGAAGAGGCUCCUAUGGUUCAGAGGAGUCACCAGAGCCCCUCCCAAUUCCAAAAGUGCUAUUAGGUUAUGACCGAGAGCGGGAGUUUUUGGCCUUGUCGCCCAUGGCUUUACCUUUUUGGGAGAAGUUGCUGCUGGAACCAUAUGGAGGACAGAGGGAUGUUGCAUAUGUGGUGGUGUGUCCUAAUAGCACCUCCCUGCUUGCUGCAUCAAAGGCUUUCUUCCUGGAGCUCAGUGCUGUUUACGAGACAUGCCGUCUCGGAAAGCACCGUCCUUUGUCUAAGGUGUCCAAGGAAGGCCUCGUUCAAGUUGGGGAGGAAGUGGAGCCAGAAAAGCUGGAGGAGCUGAAUGUGGAUCAGUGGCUGAGUGGACAAUGGGCUGGACAGCAGCACAGUGACAACAUUAACAAACUGAAACUUUAUGCGUAUGCCUUGAAGCAGCAGUUAGGCCCUCAGCUUGCAGCCCUGACUUUGGAUAGCAGUCUUCUAUCACCUCCCAAACCACAGCCUCCUGUAAACAACACAUCCUCCUCUGGGCUGAAUCAAACUUGGAGUGUUGAUGGAGAACAAGCUUCAGGUGCUGUCAGUGCAUCAAAUGUGUCAACCCUCAGCAGCGCCAUCUCAAGUCAGCCUGGGGAGAUAACGCAAGGGGGGUCCAACGAUUCAAAGGCCAAUGCUAGUUCUACUCCAGGAGCCAACACACCAGCAGAUGCUCCUGAACUAUCCUCAGAGCAGACGCGAAUCGGCAUCCCCACUGUGGCUGACUUGGCGGACAGCAUCGCUAACCCACCAGCAGUUGUUGUUUAUGUUAUUGAUGCUUUUCUCAGCUCAAGUGGAAUAAGGCAUGAAGUAGGAGAGGAGGAAGAGGAGGGUGAAGAAGUAGAGUCAGAAAGCAUUUGGCUUCUCGGGCUGCUUCGCUGCUACACAGAGAUGCUGCAAAACUUGCCUGAGACGAUGAGACCAGCACUUGUUCUACAGGUGGUGCCAUGCCAGUAUCUUCUCCAGCCCGCAGGCGGAGAGAGCCAUUUGUACCUUCAACACUUGCGCUCCCUGGCUUUCUCUUGCUAUUCACAAUGCAGACGACUGCUGCCCCAGCAAACCUAUAUCAAGUCCCUCACUGGUUUUGGUCCAGUGUCUGCUGUCAGCUCAGUACUAAAGAGUCAAGAGCAUCCUAAACCACUCCAGCUCUAUUCGCCACCAUUCAUUCUCGGGAUACCUCGUCAAAAGCAACCAGAGGCAGGAGAGAUAUUGACUGAGGUUCCUCCCAAAUACAACGUGCUUUUUGUAGGAUACUGCCUGUCCUACGACCAACGCUGGAUCCUUGUGUCCUGUACAGACCAGCAAGGGGAGCUCCUGGAAACCUGCAUUAUUAACAUUGAUGUUCCAAAUAGAAAGAGGCGUCCCAAAGUGUCGGCUAGGAAGAUGGGUCUGCAGAAAAUGUGGGAGUGGUGUAUUGGCGUCAUUCAGAGGACUCCAGUUCCUUGGAGAAUUGUGAUUGGUCGAUUAGGCAGACUGGGUCAUGGUGAACUAAAAGACUGGAGUUCUCUCCUCGGCGAGCAUUCCCUCCAGUCAAUUGGACGCCAGCUGAGGGAGGCUUGCCGUGUGUGUGGGAUAUCAGCGGCUGACUCUCCCUCCAUCCUCAGUGCCUGCUUGGUUGCCAUGGAGCCACAGGGCUCAUUUGUGAUCAUGCCAGAUGCGGUGACCAUGGGUUCUGUGUUUGGACGCAGCAAUGCUUUAAACCUGCAGACAUCGCAAUUGAACACACCUCAGGAUGCUUCCUGCACACACAUCUUGGUCUUCCCAACAUCUGCCACAACCCAGCUGGCUUCCAGCUCCUACCCUACAGAAGAUAAUAAUGAUGACAUGUUUGAUCUUCCCUUUCCUGAUGAACUGGAAAAUGAUAUUGGGCACGACAUGAUGCUUAUCACAUCACUACACUCACCCCCAAACACCUCUCCUGUGACCUCGCCUGGGUCACCAUCAGGGAUGGGAAUGGGAUCACAUUUUCACCAUACCAGGGGUCAGGGGGAGCGCCUGCUGUCCAGGGAUAACCCUCCGGAGGAGCUGAAACAGCAGCCGCUGGCUCUGGGCUACUACGUCUCUACAGCUCAAGCUAAUGGACUUCCUCACUGGUUCUGGGCAUCCUGCCCACAAGCAGAGAGCCAGUGCCCACUCUUCCUUAAGGCGUCUCUCCACCACCACAUUUCCAUAGCUCAGUCAGAUGAUAUGCCAUCAGAAAAAACUAAGCGGAACCCUCAUCCUUUAGACUCAAAGACAACCUCAGAUGUCUUAAGGUUUGUGUUGGAACAGUACAACGCCCUUUCUUGGCUUACAUGCACACCUGCCACGCAAGAUCGUCAAUCCUGCCUGCCUGUCCAUCUGGCUGUCUUGGUCCAGAUGUACAACGCCAUUUUGAACAUAUUGUAGCGUGUGGACAAAUGGGAUCUUCAACUUUAUGUGCCUCAUUCUGGCCACCAGAGAGCAGUAGUGCUCCCCUGCUGUUUUCGAGUUGCUGUGGAUUUCAUAGGCAGGGUUUGAAAUGUGACUCUCUGAUUGAGGUGUGUACCUCAGAAACUGCAAAUCAGGGGGAAGUGGAAGGCUUCAACUAUGCUCACCUAAAAAGGGAAUGUUGUCCAUCCAGGGGAGCGCAGCAUCUGAGGAAACAAGUUAUCCCUGAUUUCGUUGCUUUCAUUAUUAAGGACAUCUGAGCAGCGCCACAUAACUCCAGACUGUGCAACCAGCAUAUUGCAUGACAAUGCAAACACAUGGAUUUGUUGGAUCAGUUAUGUUUCCAAAGUUCUCCUACAGUUCUACUCUGCUGACAUCUUGCAGCUGGUUGCUGCUAACUUAUUCCUGAGGGGAAUGGUUUGAAAACGCCACUUUUCUCCUCUCCUUCCAAAGUGUUGAAGAUGCGAACACGAUGGAAACCAUUUGACAGGAAAAAAUUUGUUAUUUAUAUUGUAAACAUUUAAAAAGAAUUGAGACUUAUUUUUAAUAAUUAAAAUCAAUAAAAGGAGAAACAAAGCCUUUUUUACCCAGGUGACAGUUAAUUGUCUUGGGAUCUGAAAUAAUUGUCAGUUUAAUGCAAUUGUAAAAAUGCCAUAUUUAUACAGAUUAUAUCAUGUCUUAGUAAUUGAUAUAUAUGAAUCUAAAUAAAUAUAUAUAAAUGUAAAUAAAAAAAGUAUAUUACCUCUUGCAAACAGGCACUUAAUGAUGAGGAUGAGGGGUGGGCAAAGCCGACUCUUUAGAAGUGCACACAUUUCUGAUGCAUUUUUUUAUUUUCUAAACUAACAACAAUUUUUAUUUAAUGGAAUUAACUUAAAUUGAUUCAGGAAAUACAGUAUACUGUAUAUUUAUAGCAUAUUCAUUUUCUGCUAAAAGUGACAAAACUUGAAAUAGACCAGGAUAUAUUGUUGGUUUUACAAAUUGAUCAAAUAUUUAAGAAUGACCCAUUAAUUUCAUUGGCUUUCCUAAAUGAUGUCAAGCAAACCGUCAAAAAGGCUCACUUUCUUCAGCCUCCCUCAGUCUGUUCUUUGUUAGAGUCCAAGCAUGUUUGUAUAUACACAUUUCGGAUGUUUGAGGUUUUUUGCUAUUUUUUAAGAGCUGUACAUUUCAUGAUGGUUGAUUUAUUUUAAAGUAAUUCAUAUCAUUUUUACUAUAUUUUUUUUCACUGUGGCUUUUUUUAGAUACAGUAUACAGUGCAAAAGUCAUUGAAUUCCAGCCAGUUGCCAAGUAUGUGUACACAUAUGUACAGACAGGUGCAAAAAUUUGUUACAUCUGUCACCACUUUGAAUAUUAAACAGAUCAUCUUUAGUGAAAGUGAUCUGUUACUUUUACACUCUUUUUUUAGUAAAUUAUUAAAACUCUUAAGAAUGA